AUGUGUGAUGCUCGAUUUGAGGAUGGUACACCCCAACCCCUUUAUUUUCCAGAUGGACACCCACAUGCUGGUUCAAGUGCGCCCCUCCAGCAAUUGACUGCUGCUGCUGUCCCAUUUUGGACAACCAGCUGGAUUUCACACAUGUUGAGACAAUACUGGAAACUUACUGCAAGAAUCAAGGCUUUCAGGUUAUUUUUUUACCCAAAUUUCACUUGUUGGGGGUAUGCGAAAUGGCUCUAUCGCCUCAAUCCCAAGUCAUCACAAGAAGCCAUUCUUGAGAAGAACACCAUUGCCGUGUUAAAUGUGGUGCCACUUGAAUUGAUGUGCAGGUUUGCAAAUCGCUCCAGGCGGUUUAUGGACACAUACCAGAAAGGCCUUAAUGGCAGUGAAGCCGCUUGGGCAUCUAGAAAAUAUCGUGGACACCAUGUCCUUCCAGAGAGUCUUAUGGAAGACAUGGAAAAGGCCAAGCUGCAUUAA